UCUGCCUUUCAGUCUGCCCCGGAACGGUGUCGCGUGACGAACGCAACUCUUCUUUCGCCUUUCGCGGCCUGCACACGGUUGUCCUUCGGAUCACGUUUUUUUUUCUUCGGUUGUUUCCUUUUUUGUCUUCUUUUUGUUGGUUCAGUGUUUCUUUCGGGCUGUUCCACUAAAAUCUUUACAAAAAACAGGAUCAAUAGUUGGAACACCGGUUUUUUUUUUUGUCUUGCGAAAUUGUGUGUGCAACCUCUUCUCCCCGUGUACCUGCCCUGUAGCAGAAGGAGGAUCCCGCGAAAGGUUGCCGAGUUGGUGCUGUGUGCAAAAGUUAAAAUAAAACUCGAAGCGCGCUCUAGAUUGGUGCUCUGCAAGUUUUCAAAAAGUGCAAAUAAAAAAGAGGUCAAACGUAAACAAAAAGCGCCGCGCGCGCCGUACGCCGUGAUCUCUCGACCGCGCGAUCGUGCAGCAUGUGCGCGUCCACGUGUUCUCAUUUCUCGGCCGCAUCUCGAAAUCGCAAAUAAUCGUUUCCACAACGGGGACGGAUUGAUCAUGAACUCUACCACCAUACUGUAAAAGUCGCACCGCGUCCGCUAUUCUGGGCAUUUGUUGUGCUGGCAUAAGCGAUUUGCCAAACGGUUCGAAUUGCAGUUCACACCACAUGUCGUGCUUGAGCCAAAAGCAAAAUGGGGCACAUCGAAAAUCUGUCGCUAUUUCGCUAUAUUCGCGACGCGGCGACACAGUCGUUAAAACACUUCCCGCAGCUUCACCCGUUCGACAGCAGCAGCCCCGACGGCGCAGAAGCGCAGGAAGAGGAGGAAGCGGAGGCGGAUCUAAGCGCCAGAAUGGAGCUGUCGCACAGUCUCACGCUGAACGAGGCCGCCCUCAGCCAGCUGCCGGAGCAGAAGCGGCCCGUAUUCAUCUUCGAAUGGUUGCGCUUCCUGGACAAGGUGCUGGUCGCGGCCCAAAAGUCCGACAUCAAGGGCUGCCAGAAAAAGCUGGUCGAGCAGCUGACGCAACAUAUCCAGGGGGCGCCGGGGCCGCCCACGCGCAAGCUGAUCGCCCGCUGUCUGGCCACCCUCUUCUCGGUCGGCGACACGUUUCUGCUGUUCGAAACGGUCAACAAGUGCAAUGACAUACUGAAAAACAAGGACGAUUCGCCGAGCUACCUACCGACCCGGCUGGCCGCGAUCUGCGUGGUGGGCUGCAUGUACGAGAAGCUCGGCCGGAUGAUGGGCCGCUCGUACGAGGAGACGGUCCAGAUCCUGCUCAAGUCGCUCAAGAACGCCGAAUCGCAGUCGCGCAUCGAGAUCAUGAUGACGCUGGAGAAGGUGUGCGCCGGCAUGGGCUCGGCCAUCGCGAACGUGCACAAGGACAUCUACAAGGCGGUGCGGUACUGUCUGACCGAUCGCGUGAUGGCGGUGCGGGUGGCCGCCUCCAACUGUCUGCUGGAGAUGACCGGGCACGCCCCGUUCCUGUACACGACCGAGCUGGAAAGCUUGGCCUCGCUGUGCUUCCGCGCGUUCGACGGCUGCAACUACGAGGUGCGGUGCGCGGUGGCCCGGCUGCUCGGCACACUGAUCGCCUGCACGCAGAACGGCAGCCUGCGCAACUUUAGCAGCAUGACGGCGUCGGCCUCGAGCACGAAAUCGCUCCGGCCGGUGUCGCUGGACGAGGCGCUCGGCGUGCUGAUGGCGGGCUUUCUGCGCGGCGGCGUCUCCUUCCUGAAGGGCACGGGCGAAAUCAUCAAGGGCAGCUCGGGCGUGAACCGGGAGGUGCGCGUCGGCGUCACCCACGCGUACGUGGUGUUCGUGCAGACGAUGGGCGGGCUGUGGCUGGAGCGCAACCUGCAGCCGUUCCUGGUGCACGUGCUCGACCUGGUGGCCAACCCGAAGGCGGCCUCGUCCCACGUCGAUGCGGUGUACUCGCGCAAGUGCAUCAACUUCAUACUGCGCUCCGUCAUCGGCAAGAUGCUGGGCGAGAAGGCGCAAUCGUCCGCCUGCAAGGAGCUGAUCCACCUGAUCGCAAAGCAGAUGAACUCGAUCGACUUCAAUCCGGAGAACGCGAAAGACUCCAACCAGGAGACGCUGUUCAGCCAGCAUCUGCUCGUGUGCGCGCUGCAGGAGCUGGGCAGUCUGGUGCUGCUGCUCGGCACCACCGCGCAGAACCUGCUCGCCGACCAGUCGCUCAACUUCAUCGACGCCAUCUGCGCCGUGCUGAUCCAUCCGUGCAUGGCGGCCCGGCUAGCGGCCGCCUGGUGUUUGCGGUGCGUUUGCGUUGCCGUGCCGGGGCAGAUUACGCCACUGAUCGAUCGGUUUAUCGAUGCGAUCGAGAAGAUGCGCACCUCGCCGGACGCCAUUUCGGGGUACAGUGGAGCGCUGGCGGCCGUGCUCGGUGGCGUCCGGUACUCACCGCUUGGGAUACCGCACACGCGCGGAAAAAUCAUCUUCAACACCGCCGAAGAGCUGCUGCGUACGGCAAGCCAGAACAGCCGGCUGUCGCUCAAUCGAACGCAGGCCGGCUGGCUGCUGAUCGGAGCCAUCAUGACGCUGGGUGUGCCGGUGGUGAAGGGUCUGCUGCCCCGGAUGCUGCUGCUCUGGAGGAACGCAUUUCCCCGCUCGACCAAGGAGCUGGAAUCGGAGAAGGCACGCGGGGACGCCUUCACCUGGCAGGUGACGCUCGAGGGCCGGGCCGGAGCGCUGUCCGUGAUGCACAGCUUCCUGCUGCACUGUCCCGAGCUCGUGACGGACGAUAUAACGCGCCGGCUGCUGACACCGAUCGAGAGCGCUUUGGCGAUGCUGAUCAACAUAACGUCCGUGCUGAAAAACUACGGCCAGCAUCUGAAAGCACCGACGGCGAUGGUACGCCUGCGGCUGUACGAAACGUUAUCGCUGCUGCCCGCGAACGCGCUAGAAUCGUCGUACACGCACCUGCUGCGCAUGCUGGUGUCGGAGUUUACGCUGACGGAGAAUCCGGCCAACACGACCACCUCCUUCCUGCGGCAGAUGUGCCAUGGGGAUGAUUCGAUCAUACUGGGCACCUGGCUGCAGGACACCGACCAUCGCACGAUCGAAGAUCAGAUGGAACCGAACCGUAAGGCUGACGGUGACUAUCUCCAACCGAACAGUGCCGCCGGUUCGGGUGCUCUGGAACACGAUGCCUGCUGCCUGUACCGUGGCAUCGCUGCCGGUGAGCAGUGCCCGGGCCCGCUGCCGCUCGGCGUCGCCGUGAUCGACAUGUCCGUCAUACUGUUCGGGCUAAUCUUCCCCAAGGUGGCGAACAAGCACCGGCUCCAGAUGCUGGAGCACUUUGGCGAGUGCAUCAAGCACGCGAAAAGCUCGCGCCAGGAAGCGGUCCAGAUGAACAUCUUCACAGCCCUGCUCAGCGGGCUGAAGGGUUUGACCGAGACGAAGUCAGCGAUCGGGCAGGACGAUGUGCGCAAGAGCGCAACGAACCUGAUCAUCGGCGCGCUGACGAGCGCCAAUCCGAUACUGCGCUGUGCGGCGGGAGAGGCGCUCGGCCGCAUCGCCCAGGUGGUGGGCGAUUCGCGCGUAACGGCCGAGCUGGCCCAGACCAGCUUCGAUCGGUUGAAGUCGGCCCGGGACGUGGUGACGCGCACGGGCCAUUCGCUGGCCCUCGGCUGCCUCCAUCGGUACGUCGGCGGGAUGGGCUCGUCGCAGCAUCUGAACACGAGCGUGUCGAUACUGCUGGCGCUCGCCCAGGACGGCAGCUCGCCGGUCGUACAGGUGUGGUCGCUUUACGCACUGUCGCUGAUAGCCGAUUCCGGCGGUCCCAUGUUCCGCGGGUACGUUGAGCCGUCGCUGUCGCUCGCGCUCAAGCUGCUGCUGACCGUGCCGCAAUCGCACGUGGACGUACACCAGUGCAUAGGGCGUGUGCUGAGCGCCCUGAUCACGACGAUCGGGCCGGAGCUGCAGGGCGACGCAAACUCCGUUGCGACGGCGCGCUCGUCGUUCCUGUGCGCGGCCGCCAUCAUGCAGGCGCACUCGGACCCGCUGGUGCAGGCGGAGGCGACGGGCUGCCUGCAGCAGCUGCACCUGUUCGCGCCGCGCAACGUCAACCUGUCGACGCUCGUCCCGAACCUGUGCCAGAACCUGAGCAGCAACUAUUUGAUGCUGCGCAAGGCGGCCGUCUCCUGCCUGCGCCAGCUGACGACGCGCGAAGCGAAGGAGGUGUGCGAGCACGCGGCCAACCUGGUGAGCGACGAGGACCGGUACGCGCUGUCGGAUUACGGGCUGCCGGGCGUGCUGUUCGGCAUGCUCGACACGGAAAGCGACAGCCAGAUGGUGCGCAACAUUCACGACACCAUCACCUCGAUGCUGCAGAUACUGGCCGCGGAAAAUCUGUCCCAGUGGUUGAGCAUGUGCAAGAAUGUGCUUACCGUCGCGUCGGAUGCGUCGGUCGGCGCGGAAGGCACGCUGCCCGGUGCAGCGGGAGGAGGAGGCGGAGGGGCCGGCGGUGCUGGCGGUGGUGGUGGUGGUGGUGGUAGUGGGGCAGCCGGCAAGGAUGGCGCUGCCGGGGACCACCGGGGCGAAGGAGACGAUGGCGACGAUGACGAUGACGACGAUGACGAUGACAAUAUGGAGUUCCAUGCGGAGGACCACCAGGCAACGCACCCGGCGGUGCAGCCGCGCUGGCCGACCCGCGUGUUUGCGGCCGAGUGCGUGCGCAAGGUGAUUGCGACGUGCGAAAAUGCCAGCGCGAACCAUUUCGAUCUGCUGGCGGCGAAGGAGAUGCAGAUGACCAAGUCGCGCGGCGACUUCCUGGUGCUGCAUCUGUCCGAUCUGAUCCGGAUGGCGUUCAUGGCGGCGACGAGCGAUUCGGACCAGCUGCGGCUGGAGGGCCUGAAGACGCUGCAGGAAAUCAUCGACAAGUUUGCGCACGUGCCGGAGCCCGAGUUCCCGGGCCACCUGCUGCUCGAGCAGUUCCAGGCGCAGGUCGGGGCGGCCCUCCGGCCCGCCUUCUCGCAGGACACGCCGUCCCACGUGACGGCGGCUGCGUGCGAGGUGUGCAGCGCGUGGAUCGGGUCCGGUGUCGCGCGCGAUCUGAACGAUCUGCGGCGCGUCCAUCAGCUGCUCGUGUCGAACCUGAGCAAGCUGAGCAGCCGCACCAACAGCACCCAGCUGUACAACGAAAGCAUGGCCACGCUGGAGAAGCUGAGCAUCCUGAAGGCCUGGGGCCAGGUGUACAUUAUGGCGAUGGUGGGGCACGGUGCCGCCCCGGCCAGCCAGAUGCUGAAGGCGCUCAGCUCGUCCGCCGGCUCCCCUUCGCAGCUGGCUGGUGCGUCCGCCGCCCAGCCGAAAGAGUUCAGCCGGCUGGCGUUCGACGACGAGUUUGGCGAUUUCGAGAGCCGGGGCGAAAGUUUGCUCUCGCUAGUGCAGCCCGAGCUGGACAAUCUGUCCAAGCAUUGGCUGGCGGCGCUGAAAGACUACGCACUGCUGUCGCUGCCGGCGGAGUACGCGAGCCAGCUGCCCCACGACGGCGGAGCGUUCUACACGAACGACACGAUGAAUCUUUCCAAACCGCACUAUCUGAUUUCGUGGCCAUCGAUCCUGUACGCGGCCGCCCUGUGGCUGAACGCGGAAGGAUUCCGGCAGGGCGACGACGAGGGCCAGCUGUCCCGCGCCCAGGAAGAGGACAGAGCGAACGCGAACGAUGUGCCGAGCGCGAAGGGACAAACGGCGUCCGUCACGAACGGUGGCACCGCCGCCACUGCGAUAUCGCACGGUAGCCCGAGCGCGGACCGGUUCCACCUCAUCUUUGGCAUCUGCAUGGAGGCGCUGUGCAGUACGCGCACGAACGAGAAGCUGGACAGUGUGAUCGCCUGCCUGCAGUCGCUCUACACGGUGUUCGAUUCGGCCUGGUCGCGCGAGAUGCUAAUGCAAAACAAAACGCUCCCCGUGGAGCUGUGCAACGUGCUGCAUCGGUUGAUACUGACGCGGGACAGCGUGCAGGUACAGUACCUGUGCAUUUCGAUACUGAAGCAAACGAUAGCGGCCGCCAACGAGUGUCUGGAGCGGGAGAAGGAGGUGGAGCGGCGUAAGAAGGUGGCACGCACCACCACUACUGGCGGCGAGCCGGGCGAGCCAGUGGGUGAACAUAAUGGUAACGACGAACCGGCGGAAGAGCCAUCCCACGAGCUGGACUUCCUCGGCGAAGGCGGAGAAGAGGGCGAAAUAUUGCCCGGCAAGUCGCUAGUGUAUGCGGUGCUGGAGGUCGUUCUGUGCCUGCUAGCGCGCCAGAUACCGGGCAUGAAUCCUUCCCAGAGUACGCGCGUGGCAAACGAGCAGCUGCAGCGCCAGCUGGCCCAGGCCCAGAACGGGCUGAUCAAGCUCGGCGACGACAACUGUCUGCUGGUGGCGAACGCAAUCCAAAGCCUGAACGAGCUGCCGAAGCUGUGCUCGCCGCUCGGCGCCCUGUCCAUCCUGCCCACCAUCCUAUACCUAACGACGGGCGUCAUCAAGGAGGUGGCGACCAAAUCGGUGCACGACGAGUCGCCGAUCGCCAGCACGAACGUGGUGGUGCAGGCGGCGGUGCAGCUGCUGAAAACGCUCGCCACCGACCGGUACGGGCGGCACGAGCUGUCCGGCGACGAGUGGUGCAAGCUGCUGCAGAGCGCCCUCGGCCGCCUGAUCGAUCUCACCAAGACGGGCUGCGAGGAGACGAAGAUGGACGAGGUGACGGUGAUGCUGGCGAUUGCGGUCUUUCUGCUGCACUCGCCGCCCGGCGUCGUGUCGGUGCUGAACCUGCAGUACCCGUGCAUCAACCACUUCCGGCAGUGCUUCCAGAGCGCCUCGCUGCCGGUGCGCCUGAAGUGUGUGCAGACGAUGCGCUCGAUCUUUGCGAACGGCGAGCUGCGGGUGUCCACGCCGUACAUACACGCGCUCGCACCCCGGCUGAUCGAGCAGCUGUACUCGGAGCAGGCGCGCAACCCAACCAACGAACACGAGCUGGCGCUGGUGCUGGAAGGUAUAACGACGGUGGAGACGCUGAUUGCGCUGGCGGAACCGCAGAAUCGAGAAUUGAUGCAAGGCAUCCAGAUGCUAACCUUGCUCGUACCCAUCCUCAUCAACUACCUGGACGACCCAGAGGAACCGAAGCAGCUAGCGCCCCAGCAACAACAACGAACCAAAUCGAAGUACGUGACCGCACUGAACGAUCACGCCAUACAGUGGCUAAUGAAGAUCGGGCUAAAGUAUCCGCAAGAGUUCAAAACGUUCAUGGCACAAGCGCCCGACCUGCGCCGCAAGCUGGAAGCGGCCAUCAAGCGCAACCAGAUGAACGCCACGCUGCAGAAGAGCAAGAGCGAGGCGGCCAAUGCGGCCGCCCGGAACAGUGCCGCCCAGCAGCAGAAGCCGACGAUACAGCUGAAGACGGAUUUCAGCAAUUUUAGCUUCGCAUAGAGCGAGAGAGAAAGAGAGAGAGAGCGGAUGGAAAUGGAAUGGCCUACUAUCUCACGCGCGACAUACAGUUAAUCGAUCAAAUUCGCCUGGUGAAAGGAUGUAAUGAUGUGCUAAUGUAACCUAAAACGUGUGUCCCCCGUCAUCCAAUCCUUCCUAAUCCUAUUCGUACGUUAGUAUAUUAUAUUAUUUAUGCAAUUAUAAAUGUCGCCCAGUCGCGUCCCGGCUGUUUAGAUGUGUGCAGUCAAUUCCACAACCGCUCCUGCAACCAUACACAAUGGGCGGAUGUGGUGGUGGUGGUAGUAUGCUUCCUCUAGGAUUCGUAGGGACAAGAGCAUUGACAUAGCCGCGCUUUCACCCCUCUCCUAACCGUCAAUCGAUUUCCCCUUUCCGUAAGUAGACGAACAAUUUGUUAAAUAUAAAUUGGCAUGGUAGGCAAUAAAGUAUUAAACCCUUUCCCGGUAAUGUAUCGGAAUCUAGCAAA